AUGACGGAUUCUGUUUGGAAUUUGGAAAGUCAACAGCUCCUUGCACUUCAGGUGGUGAGCGAAACAAUCUGUGGUGUUAAAGCUUUUGAGAUGGAGAUAAUACCUGCUAACAGAAUUAUUGCACAGAUUGGAGAAACACUCAUACUUACAUGCAAUACUACUGGCUGUGCAUCAGCGAGAUUUUCCUGGAGGACCCAGAUGGACAACCCCCUUGGAGGAACAGUGCGCAACCAUAAAACGUACUCUACCUUGACUAUGAAUCCAGUUAGCACUGUGAAUUCUCAUGAUUAUCUCUGUACUGUCUUCUGUGGUGAGAAAGAGAAAAAAGAGAAGAGUAUUAAAGUUGAACUUUACUCUUUCCCCAGUGAUCCUAUCAUUGAGAUCAGCCCAUCCUUAGUCGCUGGAGAGCCAGUCACGGUCAUCUGCAAAAUUCCUGAUGUGUAUCCUUCUAAUCUCCUGGAAGUAGUCCUAAAAAAAGAGGAAAAUGUUCUUCAUGAGAAAAAUUUUUACGAAGAUGACAGCACAGAUACAGAGUCCAAAACUGUGACAUAUUCAUUCAAUCCCACAGCUGAAGACAUUGGAAAAGAGAUUACUUGUGUGGCCAAGUUACCAAUUGCUAAUACGGACUUUGAACCCAAAGAAAGAGUUACUUCUCUGAAACUGAAUGCAUACUUUGGUCCACAAAAUACUGUCAUUACUGCGUCCCCAAGCAACUCACCAAUGGAAGGAGACCAGCUAAAACUCACUUGUGUGACUGAGAGUAAUCCACCACCACAGAUAGUUUGGAGAAAACAUCUGGCUGACGAAAGCAUUCAGCAUCUGAUAGAAAACAAUGUCCUUUCUAUUCCCCAUGCCAGUUUCACUGAUUCAGGACUGUACAUCUGUGAAGUAAUUAAUCUGUCAACUAAUAAAACAGAGAAAGCAACUGUGGACAUUGUUAUACAAGGUGCUCCAAACAUUGCAGAACUCUCCAUUGUACCUUCUACAACAGUUCAAGAAGGAGAAAAUGUUUCUAUACAAUGUUCUGCUGAGAGUAACCCUUCUCCCAAGAUUAUUUUAAGGAAAAAAUCUGACAGUGCAGAAAUGGGGCCUUACAGUGAGGGGAGAAUUCUUCUUCCAUUUGUGGCAUUCCUAGAUGGAGGAAACUAUGAAUGUGUAGCAGAAAAUAAGUUUGGGGAAAGUAAAAAUGAAAUAACACUUAAUGUGCUGUACGGUCCGAAGAACACAGCGAUCUCGGUUAUCCCUGCUACUGCUGUUAAAGAAGGAGAAACUGUGACAAUGAAAUGUACUAGUUCUGGUAAUCCAGCUCCAGUGAUCUCUUGGAAGAAAAAGAAGGCCACCGGAGAGUCUGAGAAAGUUUUUAAAGAUGCAACUUUAACUGUACAGAACAUAAAAAGUACAGAUCUGGGGCUUUAUGAAUGUGAAGCUUAUAACCAGUUUGGCAAAGAAGAAAAAACUGUGCAAUUACUUGUUCAAGUUGCACCAAUAAAUACACUUUCAGUUUUCCCUUCAAGUGCAGUGUACCAGGGAGAAAGUGUUAUUGCCUCUUGCACAUCUGCGCAUGUUACAUCUCUUCAGAGAAGACUGGAAAAACCUGAUCAAAUGGUACCACUGAUUGUUGCAUUCUCUGGUGUAGCAGCAGUAGCAGUACCUGUGGUUGCAAUUUUGAUCUACGUGUCAAGAAAAGCAAAGAUAAAUGGAUCCUACAGUUUUGUAAAAGCACUCAGGCUCAAAGUGUGA